CAGGCUGCCCAUGCUGGAGGCUGAGGAGACAUGCAGGUCAGCACGGUUAAUCAUUACCAGAGAGAUAAGAGAUAAGAAUACCCCAUCACAAGCAUAAAGAGCUGAGAAGACUCCCCAGAACAGAUUAGAUUUUCUGAAUGUAUUUUUGCUGUGUCAGAGGAGGAUCCAUGUUCUUUUGCUGUUCCAAAAGUUCAGUCCAAAGGCAGCUCGUGUGUUGCUUUCCUAUUCUGAGGAGGAAGUCAGAAAUUCCCUCCACAUUUGCUCUCACGCAUGAAUUCUCCGGUUUCACUUCUGAAUCAGGAGCUCUCUGAAUGAGUUCUCAGCAGUGCUCAGAAAGGAGCUUCCAGCUGUGCCACGAACGGUUUCAUAUUGUGCCAAAGGAGGAAGAGGAAAAGAAAUCCUUCAAAAUGCUAAGAUUUUAUGGGGCAAAAAUUUCUUUAAAGAUAUUUCAGCUGUGAAAAGUGAAAGAAGAGAAAGAGCAGGAAGGAACAAGGAAACAGAAUGGGAAACUUCUGUCAGAAGUACUGCAGCUGUUUGGAGCCCUAUGUUCCUUGCUUAUUCUCAGGGAAAGAAGAUGAGCGGGAAGAGGAUGUUGGACAGGUUUUUGCCAACCCUGCUGUGGUAAGGAUUGGCUCACAGGCAGGAGAGAAGGACAAAGUGAAUAAGACAAAAGGGAAACCUUUACCUCCACUGCCUGGCCAGCAUUUGGUGAGCACUUGCAAUUUUGUGGCGCUCUUCAACUAUGAGGCUCGCACGGAGGAUGAUUUGAGCUUCCAAGCUGGGGAUAAGCUUGAAGUGCUGGACGCAUCCCACGAGGGCUGGUGGUACGCUAAGCUCCUCCUGCCAGAAGGGUCAGUCUGUCCUGGCCGCAAGCUCCAGGGCUACAUCCCUGCCAACUACAUAGCCGCUGUACAGAGCAUUGAAGCUGAGCCGUGAGUAACCCAUGUAACACGCACCACAUCAUCUCUU